AUGCGAGCGGACGGGCUCCUUACAAAACCGUCUCUCACGGACGUUGAGGGGUGCCGCGGUGGCGGGUGCUGCAUAGCUGUUGCUGCUGCAGCAGCCACCGCUGCAGUUGUUGAUGCUGCUGCUGCUGCUGUUUCUGCUGCUGCUGCUGUGGCUGGUGUAAAUGCUGCUGCUGCUGCUGCUGUUUCUGCUGCUGCGGCGGCGGCUGUUGCUGCUGCUGCUGCUGCUGCUGCUGCCGCUGUUCUUGCUGCUGCUGCUGCUGCUGCUGCUGCUGCUGCUGCUGCUGCUGCUGCUGCUGCUGCUGCUGCUGGGGCUGCUGCUGCUGCUGCUGCUGGCGCUGCUGCUGCUGCUGCUGCUGCUGCUGCUGCUGCUGCUUCUGCUGCUGCUGCUGCUGCUGCUGCUGCUGCUGCUGCUGCUGCUGCUGCUGCUGCUGCUGCUGCUGCUGCUGCUGCUGCUGUUGCUGGUAACAAUGCUGAUGAUGCGACCCUCGAUGUUGUCUCAGGAAUGUGUUGUCGUUCCAGGUGGUAA